UAUGGCGUGUGGAUGAGAGACCCGGAGCCCGUGUACCCCUACACCCGGGACACCACGUGGAGAGUUGACACCGUUGGCACGGAUAUCCGUCAGGUCUUCGAGUACGACCAGAUCAGCCAGUUCACACAGGGCUACCCUUCCAAAGUUCACAUUCUGCCCAUCCCAAUGGAGAGCACAGGGGCGGUAGUUUACCGUGGAGCCCUCUAUUAUCAGAAACACACAUCCAGAACUGUGAUCAGGUAUGAACUCAAGUCCGAGCGAGUGCAGGCUCAGAGGGACAUUCCCGAUGCUGGUUAUCACGGCCAGUUCCCUUAUUCUUGGGGCGGCUAUACAGACAUCGACUUGGCAGUAGACGAAACAGGACUUUGGGUCAUCUAUAGCACAGAAGAGGCGAAGGGAGCCAUCGUCCUUUCCAAAGUGAAUCCGGAGACCCUGGAACUCGAGCAAACCUGGGAGACCAACAUUCGAAAACAGUCGGUGGCCAACUCCUUCCUCAUCUGCGGCACCCUGUACACCGUCAGCAGCUACUCGGCGGCCGAUGCCACCAUUAACCUGGCGUACGAUACCGGUGCCAGGAGCAGCAAGGCUCUGAGCAUCCCGUUCAAGAACCAGUUUAAAUACAGCAGCAUGAUUGAUUACAAUCCUGCUGAAAAGAAGAUCUUCUCAUGGGAUAAUUUCAAUAUGGUGGUCUAUGACAUAAGGCUUUCUCAGAUGUGAAACACAUCGGAGCUCUCCCAGGAACGAGAGGAAGACGUCGUCCUCAGGACCAACUAGGGACUCAAGGACAGGGGAGGAGGCAGAGGGAAGAGCAAGCCUUCCCGUGCUCGUGCUGGUUUUUUGUGCUUUCCUUGUUUGUAUAAACUCAGCAGAAUUCAUCUUUUCAUAGCACUUGGCUCUGAAGUAAUAAUUUUUUUUUUUUGGAGUGGGGAGGCAGUGGAGGAGAAGAUGGGCAUAGUCACAAGUUUUGAUUGAACAUCAUAAAUUCUGCACAAAAGUAGCAACCCUUUUUAUGAAUAAUCCCAAAUGGCUGAAGAACCGAACCUCUUGGAGAGCUUCUUGAGGAAAGCAAAAGGAAGAAGAAGGUCUGAUGGUAGGUUGGCCAAGACUACCCAUUCUACAGUUUGGGGUGGUGGAUUUUUAAGUUCAUCAGCAUAAACUCUUCUUCCGUGGAUGGGAUCACACUAUUCCUCCAAACCGUCUCAUCCUGCUUGAUUCUCAUUCAUGUUUUCCUAUAAAUGUACCACUGAAGACCUGCCCAACUUGCUGCGGGUGGGUGGGAGGGAGGUGGAGGAUGUUCCUCUGCUAUUUUAAUUUCUCGGGGCUUGCAGAGCUGCCAUAUAUAACACGAAGCCUGUGACUCAGUGAAGAGAAGCAUCCUAGUGCCUACGCUGGGCUUUGAUUCAGAGAUGAUGUAUUCUCAAGAGUUCCUUCCUGCUAUCUCUGAUGGUGCCCAUUGGUGCCUUUUCAAAUAAACAUGUUGCAGAAUGUCCAUA